AUGGAAUAUCAAGAAUUAAAAGUUAAAGAAGAAAUAUUAGAAGAAAAUACUUCAAUGGAAGAAAAUCAACAAAAUGAAACCAAAAAGUUCGAACAAAUAUUUCAUGCAGAAUUUAUUAAAGAAGAAAUAUUUGACGACAGUUCUCCCACGGAACAUCAACAUUGCAAGUUAUUUAAUGACGAUAAUAUUAAAAAUGAACAAGAGUUCCUUGGAAGAGGAGUAGUUAAAAAUGAAGAUAUCGGAGCUGGGAAACUUUUUGUAUGCGAUAUCUGCAAUAAAAAAUUUACCCACAAACAAAGUCUACUUCGGCACAAACGUAUUCAUACCGGAUACGAACCAUUUUCAUGUGAUAUUUGUGAAAAAACAUUUACUGGAAAUAUUAAUGGUGAACCAAUUGAAGAGGGAAAUAUCAAUGGUGAACCAAUUGAAGAGGGAAAUAUCAAUGGUGAACCAAUUGAAGAGGGAAAUAUCAAUGGUGAACCAAUUGAAGAGGGAAAUAUCAAUGGUGAACCAAUUGAAGAGGGAAAUAUCAAUGGUGAACCAAUUGAAGAGGGAAAUUGUGAUAUUUCUGAUGGAAAACUACAAGAAAAUCAAAAUUUAAUUGAACAUCUGAAUAUGAAUCUCAAAAUUGAACAAUUAGUUGAUGAAAAUCGAAUUUAUACAGAAGACAAAUUUUCUUCUGAUAGAAAAUUACAAGAAAAUCAAUAUUUAUUUGAUCGAAAACAUAUCGAAGAUGAACAGAAAGAAUUUCAAGAGAAAAACAAUUCAAUUGAAUCUAAAUUAACAAAUGAAAGCUUUAUCGGAGAAAAAGCAUUCAUUUGUGAUUUUUGUGAUAAAAGAUUUUCUCAACGAUUUACACAACGACGAAAUUUACUGGAACAUAAACGAGUUCACACAGGAGAAAAACUUUUUCCUUGUGAUAUUUGUGGUACAAAGUUUGGAAUUAAACAAAGUAUGAUACGACAUAAAGGUACCCAUAACGAAGAAAAACCCUAUUCUGGUGAUGUUUGUGGGAAAACAUUUCGAGAAAAUAAAUUCUUAAUUAAACAUAAAAUAAUUCAUACAGAGGGGAAAAGUUUUGCUUGUGAUGAAUGCGAUAAAACAUUUAGUCGACAAAAUGUUUUAGUUCGACAUAAACGAACUCAUCACACGGGAGAAAAAUCAAAUUUUCAAGAAACUCGACAAUUAGUUGAUGAAAAUCAACAAGUAUUUCCUUGUAAUAUUUGUGGUAAAAUAUUAUCGCAACGACAGUACUUAAUUGUUCAUAAACGAAUUCAUACAGGCGAAAAACCAUAUGCCUGUGAUUUAUGUGAUAAGAAAUUUAACCAAAGUCAACAUUUAAAUAUUCAUAAACGAACACAUACCGGGGAAAAACCAUUUUCCUGUGAUAUUUGUCAUAAAAGAUUUACACAACUUCAAAAUUUAAGUGAGCAUAAACGAGUUCACUCAAAGGAAAAACUAUUUAUCUGUGAUAUUUGUAACAAGAAGUUUACACAUAAACAAAGUAUGCUUCGACAUAAAGGGAUUCAUAAUGAAUUAAAACCAUUUUCUUGUGACUUUUGUGAUAAAAAAUUUCGAGAAUAUGAAUUUUUAAUAAAACAUAAAGUAAUUCAUACAGAAGGAAAAAUUUUUGGAUGUGAUGAAUGUGAUAAAACAUUUUGUCGACAAAAUACUUUGGUACGACAUAAGCGAGCUUAUCACAGAGGGGAAAAACCAUUUUCAUGUGAUGUUUGUGAGAAAUCAUUUUCCGCACGUCAGUAUUUAAUUCAACAUAUGAGAACUCAUACAGGAGAAAAACCAUUUCCGUGUGAUAUUUGUGAUAAAAGUUUUCGUCAAGUUUCUCAUUUAGUCGAACAUAAACGAAUUCAUACAGAAGAGAAGUAUUUUUCAUGUGAUGUUUGUGGAGAACAAUUUGCCAGAAGAAAUCAAUUAAUUUCACAUAAACGAAUUCAUAUUGAGAAGAGAAAUCAUGUUUUAGCAAACAAUAAUUGA